CAAAAAUAAAAACUUGAGAAAUAAAAUUAGGUCUUCUUCUUUAUUAUCUGCUUCUGGGUAGGGUAUUAAUUCCCCAAUUCAAUUUUACCUCUGAAAAACACCAGCCAUUGGCCAAAGGUUUAGCCACUAAACAUACAUCGCAGCAAUUUUUUUUGUUCCUUCUCCUUCCGCAAUAUCUCAUUCGUCGUCGAUUUUCUGCAAAUCUCAUCUCCUUCCCUUCCCGAAAACCGUAACGAUGACUGACAAAGGAGAGAAAACUUGUCCUCUGUGUGCUGAGGAGAUGGACUUGACUGAUCAACAACUCAAACCUUGCAAAUGUGGAUAUCAGAUUAUUGAGAUGGCCGAGAAAGAAAAGACAGAGGGUCGCUGUCCUGCAUGCCGAACCCGUUAUGAUAAGGAAAAGAUUGUUGGAAUGACAGUUGAACUCAACAAUGACCAGAAAAAAACACAGAAGGUGAAGGCUAAACCUUCCGAGGGAAGGAAAGAACUAACCGGCAUGAGAGUCAUCCAGAGAAACUUGGUUUACGUUAUGAGCUUGCCUCUUGAACUGGCAGAUGAAGAUCUUUGUCAGCGUAGAGAAUACUUUGGUCAAUAUGGGAAAGUCGUAAAGGUAGCAAUGUCUCGAACUGCGUCUGGGGCUGUCCAACAAUUUACAAACAAUACUUGCAGUGUAUAUAUUACUUACUCCAAAGAGGAGGAAGCAAUUCGAUGUAUCCGAUCAGUACAUGCAUUUAUUUUGGAUGGUAGACCUUUGAAGGCAUGUUUUGGGACCAUGAAGUAUUGUCAUGCGUGGUUAAGAAACAUGCCUUGUACCAAUGCAGAAUGCCUUUAUUUGCAUGAAAUUGGUGCCCAAGAGGAUAGUUUCCCAAAAGAUGAGACCAUAUCAGAGCACAUGAGGAAAAUUGUUCAACAAAUUACUGGUCCGGUGGGUAGUUUUCCGCGGCGUUCAGGGAGCAUGUUACCUCCACCGGUCGAUGAAUAUGUUGAUAAUGAGUCUAGUUCAAGACAAAUUCCAAAAAGUGUUUUCAAUAAUGGAUAUAGUGUCGCUAAAAUUUCUCCCCCAAAUAGUAGCCACGGCCGUUCUGUUACUCUUCCUGCUGGAGCCUUGUGGGGAAUGCAUUCUUCAGGCCAGUCUUCAAUUCCGAAUACACCAAAUUCUGGGGAACUAAGAGACAAAGCUGUCACAGUUUCAUCAAAUUCAUCUGAUAGUGAUGUAUUAAAGAAGCCAGCAGUAGAUGAUAAUAAUACUUCACAUGAAAAUGCCGUGAAACUGCAUGAUCUAUUGGAUAGUCAGACUGAUUUUCCGGAGCUUUCCUUGUUCAAUAAGACCCAGUCCAGUAAUAGUAAGCCUGUAGUACCUGCAAGCGUGGCGAGUAGUAGAGCUGUUAGUGUGCCAUCAGAUUGCACAGAAAUUCCAGAACAUACUUCUCAGUCUUGUAGAUCCAUGAUGUCCAAUGGAAACAAAAAGAUUACUAGAAGCAUAGAGAGCGUAAGCAGCGACGCUGUGUCAGUGGAUGCAGAUAGUGUUGUGGAUGGCACAGAUGGGGUAACAAGAUCUGACAGUUCACAUGUUGAUCACGGUUCCUUAAAGUCGUCUCAUCCAGAAGUGUCCCGAAACUCUCUACAGCAUUGUGUCAAUGAAACUAGAGAAGUUCAGCCAUUACAGAAGUGUGGCAGUAGAACUAAGGCAAAUGAGACUGUUACCUUGAGAGAGGAAGCUAACGGAGGUACUGCUUUGAUAUCUCCAUUAGUAACAGAUCGACAUCAUGAACCCGAGGAUGAUUUAUCAUCGUUCAUUAGGCAAAGACUCAAGGACCCAGAAUUUUUUAGCUGUCAGCCCAAUGUGGCCAAUAAAGGUGGUUUCCUACGCACGUCAUCAAAUGGUAUGCAGCCUUCUUCAUCCCAGUAUAAGGCUGAUGAAAGCAGGAGUGUGUUUGGAUCCUCAUCUUCUGACAGCAGAGGAAGUAAUAUAGCACCCAUCUCUCAUGGAUAUAACGAGAUGCCACAUGGCGAGCCCACUCGUUUAAACGGCGGUCUUAAUCAUUCUAUGUUGUUUCCUGACAGAGCGAGGGAGACGCAACCAAAUGGAAAAUGUUCCGUUAACUCACAGCCACAGGGAAACUCUAGGAGCGAAAUAGAUGACAGGAUACUUGCAAAUAUAAUGUCUUUAGAUCUUGAUGAAUACUUAACUUCAUCUCAGAACGUGCCGAAGCUACCAGGGCCAGUUGAUAAGCUAGCCAGUUCCAGUGAAGUUAAUCAGUCCCGGUUUUCUUUUGCAAGGCAAGAGGAAUUAAAGGACCAAGCUUUUGAACCAUCUUACAACGGCUUCCACCAGACACCACAUGGCAGUGACUUCUACCAGAAUUCUUCAGAAAGGCAGGGUCUUGAUAUGAAUAUGCUUGGGAUGUAUAAUAAUGGUCGUUCAUCCAGUUAUCUCGAGGGAACAGAUUAUGCCAGGCAAAACUCAACCUUGCCCUCGUCUUAUAAGCCUCCUUCUAUUCCAAGAUGUCCGGUUUCAGCACCACCUGGAUUUUCAGUUGCAAGUCGACCUCCUCCUCCUCCAGGCUUUGCGUCGAAUGGAAGAGAACAUCAAGCAUUUAAUGGGUUUUCAGGAAACCAUCGUUUCUCUGAUUCAACAAUGUUCGGUAAUCCAUAUCAGUCACUUCCGGUUGAAAACACCGGUGGUGUCAGAGAUGUUCAACAGAUGGAUCCUGCGAUUUUGGCCGUUGGUCAUGGCUUUGAGAAUCCGAGCCUAGAUUACAGAUCAAACUUUCAAGGAAAUACAAACAUGUUUGCAAAGCUUCAACAACAACAGCAACAGCAACAAAUGGUAAUGCAGAGCCCUUUGUCUUCUUCGCAUCAAAACUGUAGAUUUACCGAUUCUUUGGGAAUGGCAUCAAGGCUAAUGGAACAAUCUCAAGGAAGUAACAUGCUCUCUAGGAACUUAGCUACUUUGCCUAAUGGUCACUGGGAUGGUUUGAGUAAUGAGAUCCAAAGCAGGAACAGACUCCAAAACGAGAGACUCAUUGGAUCAACAAAUCGGAUGAAUGGUUACAAUGGGACGUUCAGGAUUUAGUGAGCUUGGCAGAGAUGGGCUUAGAUCGCCUUGACCUUGAAUCUUAGCUUCUUGUUACUUAAGAAACUGAGCCAAAAGAGAGGUGGUUGUAAAAAAUGCUUUAGGAAGGUUUUAUUGGUUUUAUUAUACAUUUCUUUUUUAACAUUUUCUUUGGUUUUCAAAUAUGAUGUCAAAUAUGAUUUUCAACUAUGAGGUAAGAUUUUGUCUUCUUGUUGAGAGAAUUUUUUUGAAAAUUUGUUAAAUCAUAUUAUUACAUGUCAAAACCACAAUGAAUAACACUAAAA